GUCUGGUUGUGGUGUGGUUGUCUUUUCCUCCGGCGCGGGCAUGAGGUUUCCCUGUGAGACCACUAUUUCGCACCGUCGUCGAUGAGGCUCUCUUUUCUGCGUCGAUCUACCCUCAGCUCCAGAGCUCCUCCUCGACCCUCAACACUCCACUAGACACGGCCAUGCCUCUUCAUCUGCUUGGCAAGAAGUCAUGGAACGUGUACAACCCCGCCAAUAUUGCGAAGGUGAAGGCGGACGAAGCUGCUGCAGCCGCCCGCGACGCUGCCGAUGAGCAGCGCAUGCAGGAGCUGGACGCCGAGCGUCGAGCUGCUAUCCUUCGAGGACAGACGCCCCCGCCGUUACCUGAGGAGGAUACAAAGAGAGAUGAGAAGAGCGGGAGAAGAUCAGGCCGAGGCGAUGGUGAUCAUGAUCGGAAGCGCAGGCGUCUGGCUGGCGAAGAUGAUACGGAUAGAGAUAUUCGGCUAGCUAGCACCGUCACAGCUCCAAAGCAGGACUGGGAUGCCGCCGUCUUGAGGCUACGGAAGCCAGCCAGCGAUGCCCCUCUGACGGAUCACGCGGGCAACAUCAAUCUAUUUCCCAUAGACCUGAAAGAAGCCAGGAAGCGGGAGAAGAACGCCGAGGCUGAGAAGGAAAAGAAGAAGAAGGAGCAGUCGUUCGAGGACCAGUACACCAUGCGCUUCUCCAAUGCUGCUGGUAAAGGCGGACUCGAGCGGCCCUGGUAUGCAGCAGGCCCAGGCCCAAAACCCACGGAUGAUCCAGGCUCAAGCGAGAAAGCGCUUGAAUAUCCAGGCUUCGAGAGCAAAGACGUCUGGGGCCGCGAAGAUCCACGGCGCAAAGAGAGGGAACAGGCCCGCAUUUCAACAACCGAUCCCUUAGCCUUCAUGAACAUGGCUCAGGUCCAGCUCAAGAAGUCCCGGCAGGACAAGAAGAAGUGGGCUGACGAGCGAGAGAAAGAGCUCCGCGAACUGAGAGCGGCGGAAGAGAGGGAAUAUAGGAGGAAGAGACACGGGAAGCGGAAGAAGCGGGAGGAGGAUGAACUCGAAAAUUUCUCCCUAGAUGGUGUGGGCCGACAGGAGUGUCGACAUCGUGAGAAGGAUAACCCUGAUAGGCACAAGCAUCACCACAAGAGUCGGAGCCGGAGUCGUGACAAAAGGCAUGAACGCAAGUCACAUCGGGACCGGCAUAGUCGCAGUCGGAGCCGAGAUCGGACGGAAGUGAAGAAAUCAUCUUAUCGACAUGAUUAAAGAACAGCGGUCCCAUUACACUGAUGAUUAUUAGUACAACCGCCGAGGCUAUCAUAGCCUUGCUGGU